AUGGAAGGCGGAAGCCCCCUAACUUGCACUGAGGUGACGGCCCAGUGUCCCGUUGAGGCCUCGAUCUACGGAUACUAUCCCAACCGGCCGAUCAACGCUGCUCUGGUCAUUGUCUUUGGCAUUCUCAUGCUCGUCCAAGGAUGGCAGACUUUCAAGUACAAGACCUACACCUACAGCUUUGCCAUGACUGUUGGCUGUCUGGGUGAAGCAAUUGCGACCGGCUUCCAGAUGCAAAUCACCACCCUCAUCAUGGCUCCCGCAUUCUUUAGUGCAGCCAUCUACCUUACUCUUAAACAUCUCUGUCUGGCGCUGGGACCGAACUUGUCUCUCCUCAAACCCCGUUUUUAUACCUGGAUCUUCAUCGGCGUCGAUCUGCUCUCGCUCACGCUCCAAGGUAUCGGGGGUGGUCUUGCGGCUACCGCAAAGCAGAACAAGGCUCAGCAGGAUGCCGGUACUAAUGUUAUGAUUGCCGGUAUUGUCUGGCAGGUCUUUACGCUAACUGUCUUUGGUUUCCUUGUCGCACAUUUCUUCUGGAGACUCAGGAGUGAGAGGAGGCACGGUGCCAAUCCAACGGCAAAACAGCUCUGGGGUAGCAGGAAGUUCAAACUAUUUCUUGGAAGUACAACCGUUGCCUUCCUAUUCAUAUUCAUCCGAUGUGUUUACAGAAUUGCCGAAAUGGUUGGUGGCUGGAGAAACGAGAUUAUGCAGGAUGAGGUCUCCUUCGUUGUCCUUGAGUCCUUGUAA